UUAUCUGAAGUAGAAUACCGUACCCAUAGUUACGUCGAUUUUGCAGCAGAAAGUUUUGGAAUGAAGGGUAUGAAAGAACUACGGGGGGGGAGGUGGACGAGUCAAGAUGAGGAGGUGUUUAGAGAAACUUAACAGUAUUUGGACAGUAAAUUGCAAAACGUCUUUCAUUGAUUCUAAGGUAUACAGCAAACUAGAAAAUAACUACAUCAUCUGAAAUCGCCCACAGACUGCGAAAGAAUUUCUUCAAAAACCAGGAACCAGCAGGGCAGGCUAAACACGGUACUAUUUAAAGCAAAAACGUCAUUACACAGAUAAUAUUUGACCUGCAGUGAAUAUAUUCUCGAAAUUAGGAUCACACAGUAAAACCACAUCACGUAAUAUUAACACUCGUGCACUGAAGAUUGCAACUUCUUGCCGUUAAAAUUCGCACCCUUUUUGAAAAGUUAUGUAUUUGUUUAUCAAGAUUAAACUAACCCAUGGCGUCUUAAACCUAUUUUCUGUGCAAGUUAUACAUGUGUGGGCGGGUGGUUUAAAAUAAAAAUGUGAUAUUAUACGCAAAAUGCACUUAUUCAUCUUCUUCCCGUAUCAUUAGGCUUCAGAUAUUGUCUUUUAUGUCCAUAUCGGCGCCGUAAACACGGGUAUUUCAUCUUAAAUUCUCGAGCCUACUCAUUUGAAAGCUGAAAAAUUGUAGCACUACAGUGAAUGAUAAAAGGCCAUAAGAACUUGAGAUGUAUAAGCACGUCCUUGAGGCUAAGCACAUCGAAACUUCGCAAAAUCUCUCUUUUAGAUCGUUGAAUGAGUUUCAAGGGUUCUCCUUUGGAUAUUUCCUGAUUCAAAGUUUUUCUUUAGGCCAAAGGAUGUUGAAUUGGGAAAAACAUACGCUCGUGUCAUAUUGGCUUACAACGCUGACGAAUGUCUUUAUGACGUAACCAUGACAACGAGAUCCCGAAUUUUGCAUACUGCAGUGGGGAAUUGGUAUAAAAGGGAGCGAGUUCAACAGUUCGAUACUUAGUCUUGAUAUACUUCAAGCAAGAAACUGAUUGAAGAAAGACAAUAUGAGGAGUUUUGCGUUGUUGUGUUUCCUUCUUCUGGCCUCGGCCUGCGUGUUUGUCGCUCGAGCUGAAGAAGAGACAGCCGCCGUCGAUGAUGCUCUGAAAAUGGAGGAUCAACCGGAGAAGACUGAAGAAGUCGGCGACGAAGAACAGGCUGACGAGAAGCAAGAUGACGAAGACGAGACGAAGGCUGACGAAGACGAGACGGAGGCUAACGAAGACGAGACGGAAGCUGACGAAAGCGAGCCGGAAGAAGACGAAGAAGUGAAAGAAAACGAUGAAGAGGAGGAAGACGACGAAAAAGAAACCACGGACGUUGCUGAUGACGAGCCAGAGAAACGAGGUUGGUUAUGCAGAAGAUACAGGAAAGGGAAGCUCUAUUGCAAGGUCUGUGGAUGCAGGCGUGUUUGCAAACCACGAUGGUGCCGACGACGCGUAUGCGGGCGAUAUCGUUGUUACAAGAGAGUCUGCCGUAAAGUGUGGAAAAUCAGACGUAUCAGAUACAAAUACUAUUACCCGUACUAUCGUGGAUACGGACCCCGAUGGAUAUGGAAAUACAAGAAUGUUCGAUACGCAGUAGUCGUUUGUCACAAAGUGCCUAGAUUCUGCCACCGAUGUCGCUUUAUUCGUUACAGAUGUCCUACUUGUCAUACCAGAUGCGCCUACAGAAAGUGCCAUCUCUACUACUACCACCACCGGGGCUAAGACUAUCCGACCACAUCGAACCAUAUCCAACCUGGCAUUAUUAUACGGAAUUGAAGAUUGGACGACAUGCAUUUACUGCCAAUGGCAAUAUAAUUGUAGAAUGAUGUACACUUUGUAUUCUUAAGUGUGUUUUAGAAAUAAACUUUCAUUUGCAUUUAUAAUGCGUUGGUUUUUAUUUUCACAAGUUUGCCGCCGGUAACAGGCAAUGCAUUAGUUUUGAGGCCCAUUUUAGGCGGGAAAUUAUCGCAGAAAUAUAUACAUGAAAAGAUGGAAUUACUACAACGCUUUUAAAACAAUAUUCGGCGAAUGAAACUCGGUAUAAAGAACCCAUUUUUAAAUAUUUGUUAUAUCACAUAAACCCAGCGAGGAUUGGCUUCGUUUUGACAAGUUUUUUCUUCGCCCGCCGUUCAACUUUUGGCAACAAAACCAAAUGAAUAAUUCUCCACAGACAUUUCGAUAUUAACAUGCUUUCUCGCAGGAAAAAAAUGUCACAUUUUUAGCCCAAAAAUUUACAUUAAAAGAAAGAUCGCCACACUUUUAAUUGGCGUAAACAUUCAGUUAAAAUUGUUAUCGAAUGACAGACUUGAAUUCGCAAACAAUUAUAUUCUCAAACGAGAAGCCGCCAUCUUUUUUAUUCUGACCACAUAUUUAGAUAAACAGUAAUUAUUGUUUCAAAAAUACAAUUAAGAAAGUUAAUACGCCGAUUCUUUGAAAGACCGAAUGCUUUUUCACAUCAAACAUGUUUUAUAGAGCGUAGCUUAACGGAAAUCACAGUUCAUGAAUAGUCAAUGGA